AUGAAGGACGACAAAGAAACUAAGGAUGCUUCGAGAGUCGAAGAAAACGAAGACGACAUAGAGGUUGGAGACAUCAUAGUUCCAAAGGAUUCUUCUCAGCAGCAAUCGCAGUCGGAAUCAUCAGCUUUGUUGCGAGCCGAGAAACUUCGUCUAGCUCCCGGUUCCGAGCCAACCAUUGUUGCGCCUACUACGAGAUUAUCCUCCGUGCAAAGCAGCAAGACACCCGAGAAAGUUGUUCCCGUAGGUCUUUCGUCGCUGUCCAGUGAACGACUGCGCAUGGCUCCGGGCUCGGUACGAAUGGAUGGAAACUCUAUUAUGGAGCAAGUGGAAAAACCAGAUCUUUCUUCGUUGUCAGCCCGCAAAAGCCCAAAGACGGCGGAACCGGAUAUCGAAGUCUCUCCCGCGACGGUACCAAAUCAGUUUCAACAGCGUGGUGCUGUACGAGUUGGCAGCAUUGAUCAUUCGGGCGAAGUAAGGUUAUCGGAUAGUGACAAUGAUAUUGAAAGUAACAAUCAUAAUAAUAAUAAGCUUGUGGAAGCGGAGAUUGUCGAUGACGUGGAUAAUAUUCAAGAGGAAUUGCAACGACUGAGAGGAAGUCUAGAGCAAAUGAGAGAGGAACAACGUCGCAGCAUGGUACAACAGCGGCAGAGCGAAGAACCAAAGGCGGUUGUACUGGCAGUGGAGGAGACGAGGCGGAAUGGAAACAACAAGAAAAAGUGUUGCAUAGUUUUAGCAGUGUUGGCAGUCAUUGCGGCAGGGGUUGUGGGAGUCAUGUUUUCCGGAGUGAUCGACAAGACGGAAUCUACUUCUGCGGAAGCUUUAGUAGAAACUACUGGAGCACCCACAUCUACUAGCAGUACUACUCCCAUUGAGUCAACAUUAUCGCCAGCUCCAAUUGCGAUGGAAACGCCAGCGACUACUACUGUGUCUCCCACAAAACCACCCAUCUCGGCUCCAACAAUGGCGCCUGUGGUAUCUCCGACUACAACGCCCACACCUCCUCCCACCAAAGCCCCUACACCUGCACCCACUUUGGCACCAACCACCGGCCCUCCCGUUCUAAUGCCGGUGAUUCCUCCAACCAGAGCACCCAUUGCAGCUCCUACAUUAGCACCUUUACCUCUUCCUACCAAGGCACCCACGCCUGGUCCUACCCCGAAUCCUACCAAUGCACCAACUCCUCUUCCUACCAAUGCACCAACCCCUGGCCCUACCCCGAAUCCUACGCUAGCGCCAACCCCUGGCCCUACCAAGGUACCCACCCCUGGUCCUACUCCGAAUCCAACGCUUGCCCCGACACCGGCCCCAACACCGUUUCCUACGGCACCUCCUACACCGGCUCCGACUCGAGAAACACUGGAAUCGAUACUGGUCGAUUAUGAACCCUUGAAUGUCCAAGCCAUUACCUGGCUCCAAACCAGCACUUGGCAACCAGCAGAGGGGGACCCCAACGCCAUUUAUUACUUGUUGGAACGAUAUGCCCUGGCGUCGUUGUAUUUCUCCACCAAUGGUGCCUCGUCUUGGACACAACGCGACAAUUGGCUGUCGCCGGAUCAACCCGUAUGCCGAUGGUUUUCCAAAAGUGACACCCCCAAUGACUGUUCGGGACCCAUGACAAAAUUGCAUUUAGGAUCCAAUGGUCUGCAAGGAAGCAUUCCACCAGUCAUAUUUAGUUUGACUUCCCUCACCUACCUAGACUUGUCGGCAAAUCAGCUGACGGGAGAAAUACCAGACACCAUUGGCAACCUGGGCACCAAUAUGCAAGAGCUGCGACUCGAAUCGAAUCAACUCUUCGGUAACAUUCCCACGUCCAUUGGUAAUCUAAAAAGUCUCGAGUGGCUGUACUUGCAAGAGAACCAGUUGACGGGUUCUUUACCGAUGCUUCCGUUUAUCGACUUUGCGUGCAAUCUCAAUGACAAUUGUUUCCAAGAUGUCAGGAACGCAGCCUCUGGGAACUGUCGGGUCAACAACAAUUGUUUAUAG